AUGCGUAUCUCGGCUGUCUCCUUCCUUGCCCUGGUCACAGGCGCUCUGGCUGCUCCGGCUUCUGACAACAGUGGCUCUCUGGAGAAACGCUGCGAGUGGAACGAUGGCCACGGACCCAUUAGCUGUAUUGUCUUUGGCGCAGAGGGACGUGAGCGCUCAGAAUUUAUAAUCAAGGGCAACAACUUUGAGCAGCGAGGCUUUCCAAGAUGCGAUCCCUGGCAAGGCGGUAACUAUCAGCCAUUUUUUACCCCGCUGCCUUACGUGGUUAUGGUAGUUCCUGGCAAUACCUGCGAAACUAGAUUGCCUGAGGCCUGGUGGGACGAUCUGCAUAUUAAGUAUUCCAGCACCUUCUUGAAUGCACCUACAGACACCCGCUGCGGACCGGUCGAGAACGGUUGGGGCCGACGUUGUAUCAUUGCUCAGCGCCCUUGA